AUGAUAGAUGCUUUAGAGUGUAUCCACCACCAUGGCUACGUCCACGCCGACCUGAAAGCCGGUAAUAUAUUAUUUGCUGCAGAUAGUAAUAAAAUAGAUAAGGUAUAUCUGAUAGACUAUGGUCUGGCUGCGAAGAUAUUUCUAAAUGGCAAACACAAGGUGUAUAAACCAGAGAAGAAGAAAGCUCAUAAUGGAACGUUGUUAUAUACGAGUCUGGAUGCUCAUGAAGGUGCUGAUCCAUCUCGAAGAGGAGAUUUCCAAAUUCUGGGAUUCUGUAUGUAUGAAUGGCUUACAGGGAGUUUACCUUGGGAGAAAUACUUGGAAAAUAAAGAACAAGUGAAACAUGAGAAGGAAGUGCUAUUAAAGAAUCUUUCAAAAAUUCCAUUUGGAACUUUAAAAACUUACUUCAAAACUAUUGAAAAACUAAAAUACGACGAAGAACCAGACUAUGAAAAGUUACGACGAAUAUUCCAG